AUGGCAGCAGGGCCUGGCGGCCCCGGCCGCUGCUCCGAGGCCCGGCGGGACGCGGGGCUGAGGGCGGCCCCGGUGCCCGGCCCCGGGGCGGGGGUGCCCAGCUCACUUCGCCCGUCGUCCCUCCGGAGCGGCGGCGCCGAGGCCUCGCGGCAGCCGAGGCCUCAAGCCAGCGCUCGCCGCAAGGAGAAGCGGGUGCUGGGGGCCCGCCGCUCCGCAGCCCCCGGGACCAGGGGAAGUUAAGGAACAGCAGUGAAGUGCAAGCCCGAGGACAUGGGGCAGACAGUGGCCAUUAAAAUAUUGUGUGAGAAAUUGGAAAAAUCUGUUAACAAAACUGCAAUGUGAAAAGUAAAGUUUCUACAGCGAUUUCACCAUGAGAAUAUUGUCAACCUGAUUCAUGUUUUUAAGCAGAAAAAAAAGCUUCACUUGGUGUUCGAAUUUAUCAAUCAUACAAUUCUAGAUAAGCUGCAGCACUAUUGCCGUGGAUUGGAUAACAAAAGGCUUAAAAAUGCUAAAAAUACCUUUUCCAGUUACUACCUUCACAAUGACAGUGUUAAGAACUCACCUGAAAGACCGAACAGAAAUAAAAUAAUUUUGUUUACACAAAGUGGAAUUACUGAACUUCGUGAUUUUGGCUUUGCUCGAACAUUAGCUACCCCUGGUGAUGUUUAUACAGAUUAUGUGGCUACACGAUGGUACAGGGCUCCUGAACUGGUUUUAGAAGACCUCACAUAUGGAAAUAUAUGGAGUUUUUUGUUUUGGUUUGGUUUUUUGGCAUCUGUAAUUCAGCUGGCACAGAAGCAGUCUCCUGCACGUGAACUUUUGCAUACAAUGCAACAUUAGCAAAAGGAAAAUAAUAAUAUAAAAGCUACAUUAAAAUGGUGACCUGUAAUGUGCCUACAUAUAAGGUCAAAGAUACCAUUAAGCUCUGGUUCCAGAUUCAGUGAAAGCAGUGCAAGUUUUAUCUUUAAAUACAGUACUGCUAUUGUAUAAA